ACCAGGGCCCUAUUCCACAAAACAACUUAUCAACUUUUCACUUUGCACUUGUCAAUUGUUAUUGUACUGCAAAGUGAAAAGCGUUUCUGUUCCACAAUAUUCUUUGCGAAUCUCACUUUGCAUUGAGCAUAUUUUGGCAAAGAUUUUACGCUCUUUCCGCUCAGUGCAAAGUCUUUGCGCUUUAUUGGCAAAGUCUUUGCACUCUCUUGCAAAGUGAGUGUGCAAAGUGUUCCACAAAGCGUUUUAUCAACUUUGCAUUUCUGUCUCAUCACUUUUCACUUUGCAUUUAGGCUGUUCACGGUAAGGUGGUUAUCGGGUUAUGUGGUUAUUAAAUUAAAAAUAACCUCUAUGCUUCGUGAGCACCCUAUGUUGUAUGGUUAUUUGCUUAUUUUUACACAAACAGCUGUUCAUUGUUUUUCACUUUAGUGAAGGUAUGUGCUUAUUAAAUAAUCCGAAUUUUAAGGGUUCAAAAAUUCUUUGUAUAAAAUUUACAGAUAUCUUGCAUAAUUUGCUGAUUGUAAACAAAAAACAGCUGUUAAUAGCAGAUUUUCCAAUAAGAAAAUCUAAAUGGAAAUGCCAUUCGCUUAGUUUUAUUUAUUUUUUGUGCUGCCAUUUAGUAAAAUUUCAACGACUUUCUAACACUGGAAAUAAGCAAACAACCACAUAAUCUAUAAACAAGGGUUUUGUCAUACCGCAUUUUGUUGUUGUUUACUUAAUCACAUAACCCGAUAACCACCUUAUCGUGAACAGCCUAAUUAUUGCUUUAUAUGUGUUGUUAAAAUGAGCCGCAAAAUACAAAUUGAAAAAAAACUUGCUGUUUUAAAUGUAAUAAAAGAAAAAAAAAGCAUUUUAUUUGCUAGUUUUAAAAACAACAGAGUUAGCAAAUUAGAUAAACAGGCAGCAUGGGAGGAUGUGUUAAAAAAAGCCCAAUCCCUACAACUGGCGUCAGCACAAAAAACAUGGACCUAUGCAAGGGACAGUUUGUUUGGGCUCUGGAAGAGCCGGACAAUGAGUAAAAGGGAUAACGCCCGAAAUACUGGAUCCGGAGGUGGGAAGGACAAAGUAAUGGAUGAAGCUGACUUGGCCAUCCUCGAUAUUCUGGAAUCAGACUCAGCUGUGGUAGAUGGUUUGAAUUUGCCAGAAAGUUAUGGCAACUCAGAAAAUCUACCGUCAGCUGAGAAUGAUUCCAGAAUAUCUAUUUCAGAAGAAACUAUUGCCAAUCCACCUCUAAACCCAAGAAAGAGGAAGCGCUCUACCAAGUUUCCAAGUGAAACUUUGGAUAGAGAGAAAAAAUGCCGGCUGGAGCUCCUUGAGGUUGAGGUUUACUACCGGAAACUUCAAUGCCUAAAACUGGAGAGGGAGCUCCUACUUCCACCCUCUGCUAUCACACUGGGAAUUGCAACGGCAGAAACAGAAAAUAUAUCGCGUGUGUUAUUUGAGGAGGUUUGAUUACCAAAGGCCAAUUUUUCAUUUGUGUAUAUUUAAUUUCUAAACAUUUUAUUUUGAAAUAAUUUGUGAUAAAAACAAAAAAACUCUGAAAUUAAUAAAAUUAUGUAUAAAUACAAAAAUACUUCCUUUAUUAUUUAUUCUCUGAGACCUUAAUCUUAAACCCAAUAAGAUACAACGCUUUUGCAGUGGAAAAAAAGUCAUGACCAAAACACCACUUUUAUUUUAAAACAAUACUAUAAUAGUUGGCAUUAGGUAAAGUAUUGUAGCAGGGAAGUAACCCUUUCCAUUCCACUCUCUUGAUCUAUAUUAUUAAGGGCAUCAUUUUCUUCUUCAGCAUUUUCAUCCAAUUCCUCGCUUUCAUUGUCAGUGUCUUCAGUGGGCUGCAUAUUUUCCCUACUUCUUCCGAUGCUACAGGCAAUAUUGUGUAAGAUGGCACAAACUAUGACUGUCUUUCCUGCAAACUCAGGCCUCAGUCGCAAAUAAUUUAGACACGGGAAUCUUUCUUUAAGAAUGCCAAAACUAUUUUCAAUUAUGCGGCGUGUUUUUUUGUGGC